GCAUUUUUUGUUUUUUUACCCAUCCCUAAGAACCAUUUUCACCAUUGAGCUGCGGAACCACAUCCUACAAUCAGCGAAGAAAUCACUCCAAUCAGCAAUACAGAGUGACCUGCUUCAUCCAGUACUCGGUUUCAGAUGGAGCCAUAUAGAUUGAAUUCUCCACACACAUCUGUAAUCAUGUUUGAGGCUCUAGGAUACCAACUUCAGUUUUCUCAGGAUCCUAAUUCCAAGCAUUUGGGGACAACAGUUUGGGACGCAUCAAUGGUAUUGGUCAAGUUUUUGGAGAAAAAUUGUCGGAAAGGACGGUUUUGCCCAGCCAAAUUGAAGGGAAAGCGUGUGAUUGAGCUUGGAGCUGGCUGUGGAGUAGCUGGAUUUGGCAUGGCAUUACUUGGAUGUGAUGUUAUUUCGACAGACCAAGUAGAGGUGUUGCCGUUGUUGAUGAGAAAUUGUGAGCGUAAUACUUCUAGAGUAAUGCAAACGAUAUCUGAUCCAGAUUCAUUUGGUUCCAUAAAGGUCGCGGAGUUGAAUUGGGGUGAUGAAAAUCACAUAAAAGCUGUUGAACCACCAUUUGACUACAUCAUUGGAACAGAUGUUGUUUAUACAGAACACCUCUUGGAACCACUUUUGCAGACAAUUCUUGCACUGUCAGGACCCAAAACAACAAUUUUGUUAGGAUAUGAAAUUCGUUCAACUAAUGUCCAUGAAAAGAUGCUUGAAAUAUGGAAGAGAAACUUUGAGGUGAAGACUGUUCCAAAAGCAAAGAUGGAUAGUGACUACCAGCAUCCAAGUAUCCAACUGUUCAUAAUGAGCUUAAAACGAUCUGGAGGGAUCUCAGAAUGUACAUCACAAGGUGAUUUUUCUGCUCAAAAGAUGAAGUCGGGUGGAUACAAAGAACUCCAACAUGAAUCAGACGACGAAGAAGAAGAUAAUGAUAGUUUCAAGGUGGAUGAUUUGCGAGGAAAUGAAGGCGUAGGGGAUGAAAAGCUAAUCACUGAUCUGGAAAAUAGAAAGCUCAGUGAAUGGGAAACACGCAGAUAUGGUGCUGUAGCUGCUCGGCUUCUACGUGAUAUCAAGAUCACAUAAAUUAGUGGAGCUAUAUUAUCAUCAGAAGCAUUGGGGAGCCUUUUUUUAUUCUCCCAAUUUUCAGUAGCCAACAGCUUCUGUUCUCAACUUUAUUAUUGCAAACUAGAGUUGUGUCUACCUUCCCUCUUGGAUCUGUUCCAUGAUAGUUUAAUUAAAGACAAUUUUAAG